AAACUCCGGUUGGCGAGGUUCACUUUUCCGUUGUUCGAGCUCGGCAGAUUCGAGAUGGAAAGACUAACUAAACCACAUGGCACUCGUCGGUGGCUAAAAGUGCCGCCAAUUUGAAAAAAAACCGGGCUGGCGAUGGGUGUGGCAAAAAAAAAAUAGACAUUAAUAAAUUAGCUAUGUACUGACUGUUUGAGAUUUUCGCUGCAGCCGAAAGCAACAAAAAUAGAAGCAAUGGAAAAUUAAAAUUGUGAAUUGAAGCAUCAUCGGUUGUCGUUCGCGUGUUAUUGUGUUUUUGAGCUGAUUCCGUUUGUGGAGCUCAUUGUCUCCAAGUUCGAGACUUACACAAUGUGGCCGAAAAGUGUCUGUGGAAAACUGUGGUGGAUCCUUUUAGUGCUGGAACAUUUGCCAAUGCUGCUUUCUGGUUCGGAGUACGGUUCCAAAUGGACCCGAACCUCGUAUCCUCAGCUCGACCAAGAAAUGGUAAUAGCUAGGAUGAAAGUGCGGAUAAAACGGAUACUCAAAAUGCAGCUGAACAACUCCACUUUGGACCAAUACCUUCUGAAAUCGUUCAAUGUGAACAGCAUAAAUCCAAUGUAUGUAUUUUUGGUUCCCGGAAAUGAAAAGAAGAAAGUGCGAAAAUUGGUGUACCAAAGAAGUGAUUUUUUGGAAGCAGAAUUUCCCAAUGUAACAUCGGUCAAUAAGUUCAAAAGAAGCCUUAAUCGAACGUACGAUGACCCUAUCGAUGACGACUACAGUGAACAUGAAUUUCAAACUUUUUCAAACAUCAAUGAUAGUGAGGACGAAAGCAUGAACAUUGUGGAAGAAAAUCUUCGUACAGAGCGAAAUUUUAUCAAAUUCAUGGAUGAUUUAAACGAAGAUAUCGAAAGACAAGUUCAGAAACAAAUACUCAAACAAGUGCUCCAGAGUAAAAAUUCUUUCUCGAAAAGACCGCAGUUAUUCACUCCAAAUACUCAAACUGUUGACUGGGGAGACUUGGGCUUAGACGGAUGGAGUGGAGAUUUGAAGGAAGUUUAUGGUCAUCCUUUAGAUUAUCCUGUACUAGAAAGGCCCACGACCGAACCACCAGCUGUCCAAAAUGACCCAUUCGAUAAUGUUCAAGCAAGUUUCGAUCCUCAAAAGUUUCUCAAAUCUGCAACCACAACAACGAAGUCAGUCAUCAUGCAUCCAACGUUUAGCAGUAUUCUCACAACGAGCACGGUAGGCAACAGAAGCAGUCCUUAUCCUCGGAAAAACAAAACACCGGGCCUUUUUCUCAGUCAUCAUGUCGAGGAAAAGCUGCAUGAGGUUUUGAACCGGACAAAGCAAUUUCCGGGCAAACCUCCUAGAUGGCCUAUCACGAACAGUCGAGAUGCGCAUCGGGAUGAGGAUGUAUUUAUAGCAAGAGCCAACGACCCGUUUGGACAUUCCACCAAGUGGCGUUAUAGCAACGAGUCGAGCGAUACAUCCAUUGAGCAAAUACGGUCACGAGAAGGACGUGCCAAACGAGGCGUCUACAAUCUGUAUUCCAUGAUCAAGUGUGCCACCGGAUGCGAUCCCAUAAUCUACAAAGGUUACGGAUGUUACUGCGGAUUUCUAGGCUCGGGUCGCACUCUGGACGGGAUAGACAAAUGUUGUCGGAUGCACGACUAUUGCUAUUCGAAUGCUAACUGCCCGAUGUUUUUGGAGUAUUUCGUGCCGUACUUGUGGAAAUGCUAUCGCGGACGUCCACUUUGUGCCGUUGACCAUGGCGAAUGGGGUGGCCCCAACUCAUGUGCAGCUCGUCUGUGUCAUUGCGAUUUAUCGUUAUCAAAGUGCUUAAGAAGGUACCAUUGCCCGAGGAAACGAAAUGUAUGCACCACAUCACCGUUGCGAUUGUUACAGAACCUCGUGAUGGUUUUCUAAACGAACAAUAAUUAUACUAACAUAAACAUAUGUAUCUCCUUUCAAACCAAACGUGUCAAAACCAACAAACCACAUAAAAUAAGAAAAUUUAAGUUUAAUUUUUUUCAUAGAUUUCCCAAGUACAAAUUGUGAUAUUGUAUAUAUAAUAGCAAAUUUGUUUCAAUUAUGUUUUAUUUUAUUCAUAAACUUAUUGCUCUAAGUUAUUAAAAUGGUUAUACUGUAUUCCUCAAUGAGUUUAUGUACUCGAUUUUUUAUUAGUAUAAGUUUAUUCCAACAAGCAGAAUAACGGAGCAUUGCCUCGAGGAGAAACUAGCUCAUAAUACCCAAACAGACUUUUGAUUCGAGAAAACCUUUGAUAUAAGUUUACGAAAAACGAAUAUUAUGAUCAAUAAAUAAAGAUGUUGAAUAACAAGUAAUGCCAAGCCAAAAUAGAUUCAUAAAAUUCUAUUCCGAAGGUAAUGCUUUAUCAGCUGAAUGCAAACGACUGAAUCUUCAGCACUGUCAUGACCAGCAUCUGAAAGAAAAAGUAAAAAUAGAAAAAACUUCCAGAUCAAACAGAAGUGUUGAGAUAUUUACCGUUUUCCUGAAUAAUUUUCUUUAAAUUCUCUAUGCACAGUGUUUUUAGAGCGCGCUUCUUUGGUGGCCCCAUCUUGUGAGGAUAAAGUACCGACGUGUCCACCACUACGUCAUGGAUGAGCUUGAGUGCCUUGAAGUCACUCUCCAGGCUGUGCCCGAUCAGAAUCGUUUCCGAGUUGAACAUCGAUAAAAGCACCGCUUGUACAUUGUAAAGUGUUGUGG